AUGGAGCCUUCGAGCCUCAGUUCCGUUGCCGAAGGAAUCCCGGAAGGGGAGGGAGGCCAGAGCAGCGUCCCCUCGGCUUUCUCGGCGGGGCCUCCCCGGCCUGCCGUCCAGUAAGAAACCGGAUUUCUGUUUGUGGUCGAUUUUGGGCUGCCCAGGUCGAGUUCGAGUGUCCCUGCUUGUGGAUCGUCAAUUCUUUCUCUUUCUCUUCCCUUCUGAACUGCCAUCUGCGGAGUUUACUCCCGGAGGGACGUGAUGUUGUGAGAAUGUUCUGGGUUGCCGGAAAUCGAUGAGAAUGACGAGGUUGAUCCGAUAAUAGAUUGUUCACAUCUCUUUAGGUAUAUAUCGAGGACGACUAUCGUUCCCAGUUGGGUUCAACAUUUGGUCAGUCAGGUUUUUUUUUUUGUUUUUUUUUCUUUUCUGAAGGAGGGGUUUCUCCCUAGGAUAGGGCUAGGGUUCGUAUCGACAGUUGUAUGGCAUGUUGGGAACGUCCAUAGAAGUAUUAAGGAGUCAAUGACGUUGCUAGAGUGUCCAUAGCUUUCCUGUAGUAAGCUUGAAUAUGGAGUGAUUGGAAGUCCGUAGUUCAUACAUUUAUAUCUCUGCAUAUCUGCAGUUCUUCUGUUUGAAUGCAAUGGAAUUGAAAUCGGUCAGUCAUUAUUUCAAAUUUAUCAUACAAUUUGAUGAGGCUAAGCUCGAGGUCCAUCCUCGAGGCCCCAUUUUCUCAGCUUAGCUUGUCAUGGUACAGCGGCUCUGCGUGGUUUCCAAGCCCAUGUUACCCCUAACAGUGGCAUUCCUUUCUUCUUGUUCCCCGGCUCAUGAGUUGGGAUGAGCAGAGCCAUUCUGCCAGUCACCUAUUGUUAACCACUGGCUUUCACGCAUUGCAUGUUUUGAGGCCAGUCACAAUUGGCAGCCUUCAAGCCCUCGAAUAAUGCCAUGAAGGCUCUCUCAAGACCUAUGUAACAAUGGGCUAGGAAUUAAGACCAAAGCCAUCAACAAUACUGUCGGAAGGUCAUUGCUCAAUAGGGGUUGACUACUUGCUUCCAGAUAACACUGAGAGACACCUGCAAGUUUUUAACUUGAAGAGUGAUGAUGAUGUUGGAUUAAAUUUAUAUGGUGAAAGCGACAGGCAAGGACCAGAGUUCUCAUCAAAAAUAACUUUUGUGCUCUUUUAGGGUAGAUCCUUGCACUUUUCAAUAUUGAACUGAACAGUCCGGAUACAAUUUCUAGAUUACUCGUCUUUUUUCCCACAUCUCAAAACGAUGCUGCUAUAUUCAUCUUCAGAUCUUACAAAGUCAGAUUUUUUACUGAUUUACUGAUAUUUAGAAGAGAUAACGUCAUAUCCUUUGCUACAAGUUCUCAUGUUUAUACAUGGAUCUUGGAAACUCUUUGUAUUCCUCGUGCAUUCUGUAUUCCUCAUGGCUUCUUUUUGGUUUGCCUCCACGAAAAUUAUGAUGAAUAGAUCAUGAUGUCUAUCAAAUAAGAACAUGGUCGAGGAAGAUCCCUUCCUUGGAAGAAGAAUUUCGGCAUUUUGAAUCUGAUCGAUCGAAUAUUUUUCUUUUUCACACCCAUGGUUGCUUUACUGUUUCUUUUUUGAUGGAAUGAAAUCUUUAACCUUUAGAGUAGAACCCAAUAAUUGUCUUAUCGAAAUGUAGUUGGUUAUUCAUAGAGAGCAUUCCUCACGCAUACUAAUUCAUAUUGCAGGAGUCCUCUCAAAAAGUAUUCCCCUCUUGAUUGGUUGGACUACUUUGAUGAAGAAGUUGACGUUGCCAUUCCAGGAACAAAUAAUGUGAGUACUCAUUUUUCGAUCGAUUGCUUGAAAUGUCAAUGGGUUAUUGAUACCUUUCUUUCCUUGUACGGACAGGUUUUUCAUGUAUAUAAAGCUGGAUCUGAAGGACCUGUCGUUUUCUGUCUACAUGGAGGUGGCUAUUCUGGGUAAGUUUUUGUCUGUGUCUGAUUCUUCAUACUAUUUUUAAGUGGUAUUCUCGAAUUGUGGGUUAUAUUUAGCCAUCCUGGAUACAAAUUUACAAUAGAACUGAAUUAUGCCAUUUAGUUGACAGUUGACAAAAUUCUAAGGUGCCAUUUGGAAGGCUUUCAGUGACUUGUUUAAUGAGAGCUAAGGUCCCAUCCGUGCAUCUUCAUAAAGGCACAGGCAGAAAGAUUGUUUUUAAAUCUGUCACACGAAAAUCCAUGACCGCCCAUUAAUCCCCUGUUUUGGUGCUCCGUGAAAAUAACUCUUUCUUCAUUUACGGUGGACUGAAGCUGUGAAGAACAGGAGUCGUAUCAUAUAUAGAUAUAGAUAUAUAUACAUAUAUAUACACACACAUUCGAAAUAAGGUGGACCAGAAGAAAAAUAGAGGGGAAUACACAAGGACGAUGGGGAGCAGAUGACACAAGGCACAAAUUGAAACACAUGACCAGAGCUUGGAUGACAAGGAGGUGAGUACUGUGCCAUCAAUGGAGGCUAUUUUGUACGAUGGUUAAUUUAAAGGGAAGUAGAGACCUAACUAUAGUUCAAAGAGGGUGUUUCUUCCACUGUGGUAUCAAGGAGAAAUCAAGACGAUGUGGGUGAAGAAUGAAGCUGCAAUCAAAGGAGCUUCGCUUUGUAGAAAGCUCUCAAAGAGGUUGAAGCCUUUUGAAACUCAACGUCACAUAAAGGGAGAGCUGUGGUUCACGGGUAUGCAGCGGCAGAAGGAGGCCUAUGACAUUUGUCAUUCAGGAAAACCUCUUUUUGAAGCUCCUGCUAGCAUCGAAAAGGCAAGAUCUCUAUUGGAGUCAUGCUUGCUUACAGUCGCGUGGCCUAUGGAGACGAUGUUGCCCAUGCAGAUCAAGGUCGUCCAAUGAUAGAUUUUCACGACAACCAACAUACGUGAUGAUAAGAUAUUGGAGUAGGAAGGAAUUAUGUGCAUCCACUGAGCCUUCUAUCAAAAAGUUAAGACUACUGACAAGCUAUCUUUGGCACCAUGAAUUCAGUCAACAGCAUACUGGACAAGCUUUUCUUUGAGUGUUUCUUCAAGCCAUUUUCAGCUUGGGCUUGACGUUUUCAAGAAUAUUCCCUUUCUUGGGUUUUUUAUCAGUGGUCUUUAAUUGGUCUACUGUUUUUUAACCCAAUGUUCAAUGAGAUUGGGGUUUCAAUAACUUCUAUGAGAAGAAGCAACUUUCUUCUUGUUCCUUGCUCAAUGGAAGUGUUCACGGUUUCAUUUCCCAGCAAAGGAUACACAUCGUCAGCCUUUAUUGCGCAAGUUAGUUAUUAAUUGCCCUGUUUCUCUUGCUUGCUUGAAUGUUAUUUUCCAUCAUCAGAAUAUGAAGACGUUUGCUGACACUUUUGAGAACUCAUAGUCACCAAUUGCAACAGGUCUAGUAGGUCUCGUCAUUUUGCCGUUUCUUACUGCUCUUGAGCGUUAUUAAUUGUCUCUUGAAUGGCAAAAAUGUCAUUCUUUGCGUUAUUAAUCACCUCUUUGUGUUCGCUGGAUAAAGGCAAUAUAGUUAUGCCUUUCAAAUUUGUGUUCUAACUUCAUUCCAAAUUUUUAGGUUAUCUUUUGCACUAUCAGCGAGUAAAAUCAAGGAGAAAGCUCGAGUGGUAGCAAUGGAUCUCAGAGGGCAUGGGAAGUCCAUUGCAGACAAUGAACUGGAUUUAUCUAUUGAGGUGAAUACCGAUGUGUUACGCGCUUUCCCAUUGAAGUGCGUUGUAUCUAUAAUCUUAGUUAAUUUUCUGAGAUGAAAAAUGAAAUUCAGCAUGGACAAUGUGCAGACCUUGCGCGAUGAUGUGCUGGCCGUUCUGAAGACGAUGUACGGAGAUUCCUCACCUGCGAUUGUGCUUGUUGGCCACAGGUCAGGUUCCCAUCUGUUAGAUUCAAUGCUAUCGAUUCAGUUUCUACAACUUUCAGAGUUAUUUCUGGCACUUGAAUGCUCGUGUGAUGCAAGAGGUUGACUCUCACAGAUAAUCCUUUGACCUAGGCUCAGUUUGUCUUGAGUACGCUCACACAGUCGUAUGCUAUUUUCAGUGAGUAAUUUUGAUAAAAUUGCCACACGAAUUUGCAAUAAUCUUCAGCAGGACUCAUAGACUUUGGUUCUCCUGUGGCCAUAAAGAGAUGAAUCUUUUCGUGCCAUCAUUUUUAAGCAUCUCGGAUCCUCAUUGACUAUUUACAUCGACCGAAUCAAUAUCAGCUCACAUUGUGUGGAGUUACCCUGGAAACAUGGGUACGAACUGCACUAGUGGGGUGUUUCGAACUUUUUCCGCGCUAAUGAUGAGGCCCACUCGCAAUACCCCACAAUCAUGUUGGAGAAGUUCCGAGCAAAUAUUGUGAGAAAUUUUAUUUCGUCAGUGCUUUUUCUGCUGCCGUUAGCCCUGAUUUUUUUCAUUGCAUGCUAACUUGCAUCCAAGUUAUUCCUUCAACAAUCGAACAGUCUCCGCUGGUCUGCAACUUGAAUUUUGUGAAUCUUUGGGGUACCUAAAUGCUCCCAUCUUAUGGACGAGAACUUGAUUACUGAACAAAACGCUUAUUUUGACAAAGUUUCCCUGCCUUUUUCUUUGCUCUAUUCUGAGAAAGACAUACAUUUGCAAUUCGAAUUCUCACUUAAGCGGGUGGAUUCAGUUGACUUAGCAAGAGAUGGCUAUGCUGGAACAUUUGCAGAUAAACCAUGCCUUUCUUUUUUAUUUUUUUGCAAUGAAAAUUGUGCUGUUCAAUUCUUCAUGACGAUGAUAUGCAGAAAACCCUAUUUAUUUCCAAGGUUAGACAUAGUCUUCUUCUGAUCUCCUCGAGUUAUUAUUCUGGGCCAUUUCAUGGGACGAAACCUAAGAUGCCAACUCCUCAAUAAUCCCGCAGCAUGUGAUAUUUUUCGUCCCGCGUUGAUGUAGUCUCUCCUCGGAAUCCCUGCAGCAUGGGAGGCUCAGUGGCAGUGCAUGUGGCCGCAGAGAAGGCAUUAAAGAGUAUCUACGGUCUCAUUGUUGUCGACGUUGUGGAGGUUCAUCCUGUCCUGAUUUGUUGGCAUAUGGAUUCUCCUCCACUCGUGUCCUCCAUCGUCAUAUUCCCAUUUUCUGUGUGUCCAAUCAGGGGACGGCAGUGGCUUCUCUGGUCCAUAUGCAGAGGAUUCUAGCAAGCCGAAUGCAGUACUUCCACACGAUUGAGAAAGCGGUACGCCCUCUCAUCCAACGUCUCCCUGUAGCUUUCGUUUUGUUGUGCUGUUCAUACGUUGGUAGGCUUUUAAGCCAACCUUAAUUCAGUUGGCUUCACCCACUUGGAACCUUGGGGCUUUGAAGGUUUUGACCUUAAUCCUAUGGGUCGUAUCUAUUUUUUUCUGUUUGGGGAUAUUUUGAAUGGAAGAGGAAGGAAUCAUACCUGCUCCCAUACUCCAUCUGCUCAGUGAACUGCCGGAAAUGACCUUUUUUCAGGUGGAGUGGAGCGUAAAGGGAGGCUCACUGAGGAAUCCAGAGUCAGCUCGUCUGUCUGUGCCUUCAACACUAAAAUAUGAUGACUCGAAGAAAUGGUAACGGCCCUGUUGGUGGCUCGACUGCUUCAUCCAUUUAUAUCCUGGUUUCUCUGCGUUUCCAUUGAUCCACCCCGCUCCCAUCGUGUGCAUUGAAGAACUCUCGGGUCUUGAUCUUCCUCCUCCCCCCCCUCCCUUCCCUGCAGUUACACUCAUCGAACACCCCUUGAAGAGACGGAGAAGUACUGGAAGGGCUGGUGAGCAUGCCCAUAUGCCCUCUGCUGAGCCUCCACUUGGCAUAAUUGUGGGUCAACGCCCAGUGGAGUGAGGCACCGGAUAAUGAGGGGCCUCCACUUGUACUAUUUUUGUAUAAAAUCCGGGGUUCCUCUCGGAUAAUUUUUUCUUUUUUUUUUCCUCUUCAGAAUGCCGUAACCCAUGGUUUGUCCUAGGUAUGAAGGUCUGUCGGAGAAGUUCCUCUCGUGUCCGGCGCCCAAGCUGCUGCUGCUCGCGGGAACCGACAGAUUGGACAGGUUCACUCCCCACUCAUUCAAGUAAAAGAGUCAGUCGCCAAACAAGAGCUUGAAGAAUAUUAUCCAAACAAGAACUUCUACUGCUUUAAAAGUCAACAGAAUAAACCUUACAGCUACUUCGACGUGCAGGUCUCUCACCAUCGGCCAGAUGCAGGGUAAAUUCCAGACCGUGGUCGUCCGCAGCAGCGGGCACGCCAUCCAGGUCGGCCUCUCUGUCUCUCUCUCUCAGCGGGCGCGCCAUCCAGUUUGCAUGCACUAAUCCGGGGUUUGGUUCUGCAGGAGGAUGUGCCCGAAGAAUUUGCCUCAAUUGUGCUAAGUUUCAUCUCCCGGAACAGGAUUGGCCCCCGUGGCGUAGAGGUAGGUCUCUGCGCUUCUCUGUUUCCCUCUUUCAUGGCUUGGAGGUGGGUCCGAGAGGAGGAAGGAAGAUGAUUACUAGGCUGGGCACAUUCAGAAAUCUGCCCUUCGAUUUUCAGAUCCCCACCCUUCGGCGGUCUCCCCAGCAGACGGCGGCAGGGAGCGCCUCCGCUUCUUCCCCGCUCCAUGGCGUUUGAUUUGCAUGGAUUCUGGAUCUUCAGAAGUGUAUUCUUUCUUUCUUUCUUUCUCUUGAACGACCCGAGUAAGGGACAAAGAUUGAGAGCCAGCGGUUGGCAACCUCCUGGCCAUUCUCGUCUCUCUCUCUCUCUCUCUCUCUCUCCCCUCUCUCUCUGACUGAACAAAUGAAGAGGGGGGGGUGACCUCAGUUCCUUAUUACCCUCAAGGAUCUGAAAGCAUCCAUGCAAGUAUAUAUACCUAUGCUGAAGAGGGCUCUUACUUCAGCAGCCCAUGGAAGGAUAAUAAGAUUUGUCUGCCAGGAACAGUCGAGGAAUGGCUUAUUGGGUGGGGUUCAAAGAGAAUUCAUAGAGUGAUGGUUCGUGACAUAUCACUCCCAUGCGUUUCAACCCUUCCUUGGCUGCACCAGAUUGCCUCCUGA